AAGCACACCAAAAAAAGAAAAGUCACAAUUGAAUUUUCACACAAAAACACACACUGCCUUUUGUGUCUCUGAACUCUCUCUAUUCUCAAAUCGCCGCUUCCCUUUUUUAUUUUCCUUUAAUAAAAAAAAAAAAACAAUUUUAAUUUUCGAAAUAACCCUAACUUUCUAAAAAUAAUUUGAAAGUACUUUACGUAAAAACGACGCCGUUGUUCUCCUCGUCCGACAACAAUAAUGUCAGCCUCCGGUGUGUCGGUUUCUCGUAACCGCGGAGAGAACCGGUUUUACAAUCCGCCGCACGUGCGACGACAACAACUGCAACAGCGACAAGAACAGCAACAGCAACAGCAGCAGCAGCAGCAGAGGGCUUCGUCGUCGACGAUGACGAUGGUUACGAGUGCUUGUUGUUCGUCUUCGUCUUCUUCUUCUUCUUCUUCAACGACCUCGUCUUUGUCGAAAUCAGAUUGUUCGGUUCCGGAUUCAAGUUUGGGUUUGAGUUGUUCCGGUGAAACGAAUUUGGAUCGGUUCUUGGAACACACUACUCCGGUGGUCACAGCCCAGUAUUUAUCUAAGACGAGCGUGAGGGGAUGGAGAACUUGUGAGCCAGCUGUGUUGAAUCCGUACUUCGUGCUUGGUGAUCUAUGGGAGUCCUUUAAGGAGUGGAGUGCAUAUGGAGCAGGUGUGCCCCUUUUGUUGAAUGGGAGUGACUCAGUUGUUCAGUAUUAUGUGCCAUAUUUGUCUGGCAUUCAGCUGUAUAUAGAUCCAUCAAAGCCCUCUUCACGACAAAGGAGGCCUGGUGAGGAGAGUGAUUCUAUGUCAUCCAGAGAGUCAAGUAGUGACAGCAGCAGUGACUACGGAGCAGAAAGACAAGCUAGUAAUGUGGUUAAUGGGUCUUGGAAUCAGCCAAACAUUGAUGCAAAUAUCCAGGGUUUGAAAAGAAUUUCACUGAGAAAUAAAACCUUUGCAGGUUCAUCAAGUGAUGAAAGUGAGAAUUGCAGUCCUCCGGGUCAGCUUGUGUUCGAAUACUUUGAACAUGAUCCACCAUUUAGUCGUGAACCUUUGGCUGAUAAGAUUCAAGUUCUUGCAUCUCGGUUUCCAAAAUUGAGGACAUACAGGAGCUGUGAUCUAUCACCUUCAAGUUGGAUUUCUGUGGCAUGGUAUCCAAUAUAUAGGAUACCCACAGGGCCGACACUGCAGAACCUGGAUGCCUGCUUCUUAACCUUUCAUUCUUUGUCGACACCGUUUCAAAUUACAAGCACUGAUGGGCAGCAUUUCCGUAGUUCAAGACUAAAAGAAGUUCGUAGUGCUGAUUUGUCCAUCAAGCUAUCAUUGCCCAUCUUCGGGCUUGCUUCCUACAAGUUCAAAGUUUCUGUUUGGAAUCCCAAUGGAGUUUAUGAAUGUCAGAAAGUAAAUUCACUGUUGCGAGCUGCUGACAACUGGCUCCGAUUACUGCAAGUCAACCAUCCAGAUUAUAGGUUUUUUCUGUCCCACAACUCACAACGGAGGUGAUAAGAAUCAUGGAAUAGCUCAUCUCUAAUCUGAACAUGCAUAACCUCCAAUCAUGGAAAGGAAUGCAAGCCAGAGUUUCAAGUUGUUCUUUUGGAUAUGGAUUGUAUUGAGAUCCUGGUAUCACAUUAAAUUUGGCUCUGCUUCAUCCGUCUUGUCAAAGAAGUGCCAUACAAUAAUUUGACUAUGGGAUUUGUGGAGGGUUUGGUAGGCGGAGUGGACGAGGAUGAUUAUCUGAUUCUUAAGAAAUGACUAUUCUGCUGUUCUAUGCAAGAAGUGUGUUUUAUGAUGGAUCUUAUGGUAUUCUGCUGAUAACCCAUAUUUGAGUAGUUUUGUGUUGUGGGGAGUUGGUUUUGGAUGCUAAUUGUACGAAAAUGAGAGUUGCCAAUUA